UUACAUUUCUGUUUCAGGCUGAACAACUAACAGAAGAACAAAUUGCUGAGUUCAAGGAGGCGUUCAGCCUGUUUGACAAGGACGGAGAUGGAACAAUCACCACUAAAGAGCUGGGCACCGUCAUGAGGUCCCUUGGACAGAACCCGACCGAGGCCGAGCUACAGGACAUGAUCAAUGAAGCUGAUGGUAACGGAACGAUUGACUUCCCCGAGUUCUUGACGAUGAUGGCGCGAAAGAUGAAGGACACGGACAGUGAGGAGGAGAUCAAGGAAGCCUUCCGGGUAUUUGACAAGGACGGAAAUGGCUUUAUCAGAUGGGUUGCGGCUGAGCUCCGUCAUGUGAUGACAAAUCUCGGGGAAAAGUUAACGGACGAGGAGGUGGACGAGAUGAUCCGCGAGGCGGACAUUGACGGGGACGGUCAGGUCAACUAUGACGAAUUUGUAACGAUGAUGACCGGCAAAUAA